CUAUGCAAAAGAAAGUCUGCAGAAGAGUGUCUUAUCAAGUUGCUUAUCAACUCUCCCACCAUAUUUAACCGUAGCCAUCUUCUUUUGUCCCUCUCUCUCUAAAAUGGCUAUGCCUUCCUUCUCUAAUACUUCAACACACUUGUUCUCUCACUACAACUGCUCCUCUCUUCUACCAAACUACUCUGUCAGAACCCGCAACGCAGCUCUCUUCUUCUUCUCUUCCAAGCUCAACCAUUGCUCUGUCUCCACCCGUUUCCUUCAUUCUCCGCCCGCCGCCGUCUCCUCAGCCGAAAAUGGCGACGGCGGGUUCACGGGGAGUGGUGAUGGUGAUGGCAGCGGCGGCAGCGGUGGUGGAGGCGGUGACGAAGAGGAGGAAAGGGAUCGCAAUAGGAAAGAGGCCAUGCUGGUGCUGGCGGAGGCCAGCAGGUCACUGGACAGUUUUCCGGCGGACUUGGCGGCGGCAGUCAUGGAGGGGCGGGUGCCGGGUUCGAUCGUGCUGAGGUUCUUCGAGUUGGAGGAGUCAGUUGUGUUGCGGUGGUUGCUCAAAUUCGGAGGGUUCCGAGAAAGGUUGCUGGCAGAUGAAUUGUUCUUAGCAAAGCUUGUAAUGGAGUGUGUUGUUGUCAUUUUCACAAAGGUUGCUGCAGAAUUGGAGCGCCGUAAAGAAAAAUUCACCAAGGAGCUGGAUUUUGUUGUUGCUAAUGUGGUAACAAGCAUUGUAACAGGUUUUGUGCUUGUGUGGUUUCCUGCACCCACUGUUUCUCUCAAACCUCCUCUUACAGUGAGUGCUGGACCUAUUGCUAAAUUGUUCUAUGGAUGCCCUGAUAAUGCCUUUCAGAUGGCUUUGCCUGGAACAUCAUAUACACUUCUACAAAGAAUAGGUGCUAUAGUGCGUAAUGGCGCGAAGCUAUUUGUAGUUGGCACUGGUGCUUCAUUGGUUGGUAUAAGUAUAACAAAUGCAUUGAUCAAUGCACAGAAGGUUGUUCAUAAAACAUUUGCUCCUGAGGCUGAGAAUUUACCUUUAAUAUCGUCCAGUGUCGCAUAUGGAGUUUACAUGGUUGUAGUUAGCAACCUAAGGUACCAAGUACUUGCAGGAAUUAUUGAGCAGCGGAUUCUAGAACCAUUACUACAUCAAAACAAGCUUAUACUAACGGCAGCAUACUUUACUGUUAGAACUGCCAAUACUUACUGGGGAUCACUAUUGUGGGUGGAUUUUGCUCGAUGGGCUGGAGUCCAGAAGAUAAAGGAUUAAGCAUUUCUUAGCAUGAUAUGACCAGAUAUUAUGAUUUCAAUUGGUUAUAUUGAUUCAUUGAAAGAACAUCAAAUGCGGUGAUUAAAUUUGUUCCCCUAAUUUUGUUUAUCAUCCUCCCUUAUCUAAGAAAAAUUGUACAUUUGUCAAUAACAAAUGUUAGAAAAUAGUGACAGUCACCAUCUUGUCUAGUUGAGCACAACGUAUGGCAGUACAGAUGGACAACUACACAAGAUCCAUUUAUCACACAGAGUUUUAUACAACUGGCAGUUAUUUUCAAUUGUUUA